AUGGCAACUGGUUCAUCAGACAGCUUGUUGGAUUCAGAUAAUGAGUCCGAGCGGCACCGUAAUUGUUCUACCUGUUCUUCAAGUUGCAUUAGUUGUCGAAAUUGUCGAGGUCCAAAAGUUUAUCAUGCUCGUGUAGUUAAUGUUGGUAGACCAUCGAAGACUCAGAAAUUUCCUUCGAAUCGGAUCAAUAAUCAAAAGUAUAAUGUAAUAAGUUUCAUUCCUUUGGUUCUUUUUGAACAGUUCAGUGUAUUUUUAAAUCUCGUCUUCCUUGUAAUUGCAUGUAGUCAAUUUAUUCCUGAACUUGGUGUGGGUCGUCUGUAUACAUAUUGGGGGCCACUUGGUUUUGUGAUUGCAAUAACCAUGAUUCGAGAAGCGGUAGAUGACAUUGGAAGAUGGUCUCGUGAUCGCGAUGUCAAUAUGGCUAUCUAUGGAAAGUAUGUCCGCAACAAAGAAGUUUCCGUUAUGAGUUCAGAUAUCAAAGUUGGUGAUCUUAUUCGUUUAGAGAAGAAUCAACGAGUUCCAGCAGAUAUGAUCUUAAUAUGGACAUCAGAUCGAAAUGGUUCUUGUUUUAUACGGACAGAUCAACUUGACGGUGAGACUGACUGGAAAUUACGUUAUGCUAUACCAACUACACAUGCUUUUGUCAGCCGUACUGGUCAUCCAAGUUCAUUGUGGGAUAUGGAAGCUCAAGUUUAUGCUGAAGCGCCGAGACAGAGUAUACAUAAUUUCGAAGGAACGUUCGUUCGUACAGAUGUCAAUCCUACUUCACCAACAGAUUCUGAAGCAUCAGAAGUUUCAUUAAAUAUUGAUCACACACUCUGGUCCAACACUGUACUAGCUACUGGAAGUGCUAUUGGCUUGGUCAUAUACACAGGAUCAGAAACACGUGCAGUAAUGAAUUCAAGUAGAGUACGUACAAAACGUGGGAAAAUCGAUCAAGAGAUUAACAAUAUCACAAAACUCUUAUUCUGUAUCCUAGUACUUCUAGCUCUUAUCAUGGUUGCACUGAAAGGUUUCAGUGGAUCUUGGUAUAAAUAUUGGUGGCGUUUUGUUGUUUUAUUCUCUUACAUUAUUCCUCUGGCAUUGCGUGUUAAUAUGGAUUUGGCAAAAAUCGUAUACUCUUUUAUGAUAAUGCGCGACAAAUCCCUGCCAAACUGCCUUGUUCGUAAUACUAAUAUACCUGAAGAAUUGGGUCGUAUUUGUUAUUUAAUGUCAGAUAAAACUGGUACACUUACACAAAAUGAAAUGGUUUUUAAAAAGCUACAUUUAGGCAGUGUAGCUUUUGCGUCAGAUUCCAUGGAAGAGGUUGUCCAAGGAUUACGUAAUCAUUUCACUGCUGGUUCCACAAUCGGUAAUUUAUCAGAUCAAUUAACUCGUCAAAUUCGUCGUACAACCAAUGAACGUAUGGCUGAUGCAGUAUUAGCCAUAGCUAUAUGCCAUAAUGUUACACCGAUGACAGAAAUUUAUUCAAAUCCUGGAUCGAUUGAUGUACCAGGUGGAGAGAGUAAAGAAGCUAUGGCUAUGGUAGAAUUAUCUGAUCCAAUUGGUUAUCAAGCUAGUUCACCUGAUGAAGUAGCUCUUGUUUCAUGGACUGCAACUGUUGGUGUAACACUUGUGUUUCGUGACCUGCACAGAAUGCGAUUACGUCUACCUAAUGACUCUUUUGUUGAGUAUGAAAUCUUGAAUUUAUUUCCAUUUUCAUCGGAAUCUAAACGAAUGGGUAUUAUUGUACGUGACUAUUCAUCCAAAAGAAUAAUAUUUUAUGUUAAAGGUGCAGAUACUGUUAUGAGUAGUCUUGUAUCCUAUGUGGAUUGGUUAGAAGAUGAAGCUGGUAAUUUGGCUAGAGAAGGAUUACGAACAUUGGUUGUCGCUUCGCGUACUUUAACUGAAGAACAAUACUCAGAUUUCGCACAACGAUACCAUAGCGCUAAAAUGUCUUUAACUGAUCGUGUCGAAAAAAUGCAGUCAGUUGUAGCAACUUUAGAAACAAAUUUAGAAGUUCUCUGUUUAACAGGAGUAGAAGAUAAACUUCAAGAUGGAGUUCGUCCUGCAUUAGAAGCAUUAAGAAAUGCUGGUAUACGUGUUUGGAUGUUGACUGGGGAUAAACUUGAAACAGCUGCAUGUAUCGCUAAAUCUUCUCGUUUAGUCAGUCGUGAUACACCUAUGUAUAUAUUUAAAUCAGUUAGUGGUCGAAUGGAAGCUCAUUUAGAAUUGAACGCUUUUCGUAAACGUUGUGAUCAUGCCUUAUUGAUAACUGGAACAUCAAUGGAAACAUGCUUAAGAUUUUAUGAACAUGAAUUUGUUGAAUUGGCAAGACAAUCACCGGCUGUAGUUGUAUGCCGUUGUUCACCGACACAGAAAACACAAAUCGUCACUUUAUUAAGAUAUCAUACAAAAGCAAGAGUAGCAGCUAUCGGUGAUGGAGGCAAUGAUGUUGGCAUGAUUCAAGCAUCUGAUCUUGGUCUUGGUCUUUUAGGUAAAGAAGGUCGACAGGCUAGUCUAGCAUCUGAUUUCAGUUUAGCACAAUUUAAACAUGUUACACAAUUGUUACUUGUUCAUGGAAGGAAUUGUUAUAAAAAUACUGCUGCAUUGGCCUUGUUUGUUAUUCAUCGAGGUUCCAUUAUCACCGUCAUGCAAGCGAUAUUUUCAGCUGUUUUCUAUUUUGUUGCAAUACCGUUAUUCCCAAGUUUUCUAUAUGUUGGUUAUGCCACAGUGUUCACUAUGUUCCCUGUAUUUUCAUUGGUGCUUGAUAAGGAUGUACCGGAUCGUAUUGCUCUAACUUACCCUGAAUUAUAUAAAACUUUACAGAAAGGUCGUGAAUUAACUUUUAAAACAUAUUUCAUCUGGCAGUUGAUUAGUGUUUAUCAAGGUAGUGUUAUCAUGUAUGGUGCAUUGUUACUUUUCGAAGAUGAAUUCAUUCAUGUAGUAGCUAUCACAUUUACAGCUUUAUUAUUAACAGAAUUACUUAUGGUAGCUAUUACCAUACGUACAUGGCAUCUUCUAAUGAUUUUAGCGGAAGUUAUCAGUUUAGCAAUUUAUAUAAUGGCUUUGAUUGUCAUGAAAGCAUAUUUUGAUUCAGUAUUUCUAAGAACAAUCGGAUUUGUUUGGAAAGUAUUAGCUAUCACUGGUGUCAGUUGUAUACCAAUAUUAAUAUUGAAAUUUAUUCAUUAUAAAUUUAGACCAUCGAUUUAUUCAAAACUACAAUAG